AUGAUGCCCACUGAAGGGCCUACCUCGGAUCCAACGUCACAAGUCAAUUCGACGCAGAUGGCCAAAUCAACGUUUUCGAUAGACUCGCUUUUGCGCUCGCGGCCCACGCUGGAACGCGAAAGUCCUUCGCCCUCGAGAUCGACCUCACCGUCAACGUCAAGUCCAUCGAGUUCACAGCAGAUGGCUCGGUUGCUCAGUGCCUUCCCAAACUAUCCGGGUCUCCUCAGUGCUGUCGCCGCCUAUCAACCGUCUCCACUCGGUCCUGCAUUUCAUCCGGCGCACAUAGAUCCGCUAACGAAAAAUCCCGUUAACCUGGAGUGGCUGGCUCGUUCCGCAGGACUCUACCAGCGGCCCGAUGGCUCACAGCAAAAUCUCCUGGGCAAGACCCGACGUCCUAGAACAGCGUUUACCUCACAGCAGCUUCUAGAAUUGGAAAAUCAGUUUCGAAUGAACAAGUACCUCUCGAGACCGAAGCGGUUCGAAGUGGCGACUAACCUCAUGCUGACGGAGACGCAGGUGAAGAUAUGGUUCCAAAACCGGCGGAUGAAAUGGAAACGCAGCAAAAAAGCUCAACAAGAAGCGAAAGUUUCCGGGAGUCGGGAGAAGAAAGACGAGGGAUCCUCCCAAACCUCGAUCGGAGGGGGUUUGAGCUCUUUGAGCAACCAGGGAAUGCUGAUGCACGGAGUGCCACAGACGCCCGCUUCGGGGCUACCUCUGAACUUCAGUCUGAGUUCCCACCACCAUCACCACCAAGAAGACUAUCCAGAAUCUCCGGACGAUUGCUCAUCACGAGAUUCGUCCCGCGACCUCGAUCCUGAGGAUCUGGACGAAGCACCUCGCUCACCGAAAGAGACCACGCAGGAAGUACUCGUGCAAGACAAUUGUAUUUAUAGACCGUACGUCGUAUAG